AUGGCGCCCGCCCAGAGCAAAAAACACGCCGUCGCUUCGGAGAAAUCAACUGGGCCUGGCCCUGCCAAUUUGAACCUCAAUGCUGCCAAUCUGGGUAAUACGCAACUGCAUCAAUCCCCAGCGCACGUACACUACCCUCACCAUCAGCAAGCGCACCAGUUAGCGACUACGCGCAACGCCUACAAGAAUAGCUCUCGUCAUUCUCACGCUCAGCAACAGCAACAGCAACAACAACAACAACAACAACAACAACAACCACCUCACCAUCCCCUCUCACAGGCUGUCACACCAGCAAAAGCCCCCGAUCCAGCAGCGCCUGGUCCAGGCCCAGUCUCUGGCUCUGGCGUCGCAUUUGCUCACAUUCAUGGCCCUGGAGAAGCUAAACCACAUUCCCGCGUUUUUGGCUUGCUCCAUGUCAAUCACCUGUCAUGA